AUGGUCGUCGAUGCUCCACAGCAUCGUCGCCGUGCUUCUGGUUUCAGAAGGGUCCGGGAUAGCCGUGAUCUCCGACCUUAUGUAAAUAACCAACAGUCAGGUAGAAGGGUGGAUGCCAAUGGCGUCGUGUUAUCGCCGCUGCGCCAGCUUACGACGCACGUCGUCGACACAUUUCACGUUUGUAACCCUCAGUUCCGAUAUGAAUCGGCUCACAAUCCUCGUCGAGUCCUCACCAAACCUAGCAAACCCGUACACAAUGAUGGCUACGACAAUGAGGAUUAUGACUACAUCCUCUACGUCAACGAUUGGUUGGGAAGCGAGGAUGGCCACAACCGUUACCUCAUUCUGGAUAUACUUGGCCAAGGCACAUUUGGUCAGGUGGUCAAGUGUCAGAACAUGAAGACCAAUGAAAUUGUUGCAGUCAAGGUCGUCAAGAAUAAGCCUGCUUACUUCAACCAGAGCAUGAUGGAGGUAACCAUACUGGAGCUACUGAAUAACCAAUGCGACCCCCAGGAUGAGCAUCACAUCUUGAGACUCCUUGACUCAUUCAUCCAUCGGAAUCACCUCUGCCUCGUCUUCGAGCUUCUCUCUUCCAAUCUUUAUGAGCUCAUCAAACAAAACCAAUUCCAGGGCCUGAGCACUCAGCUCGUGAAAGUGUUCACAGCCCAGCUGUUGGACGCCUUGACGGUACUGAAGGAGGCACGGUUGAUUCAUUGCGACCUCAAACCGGAAAACAUACUUCUCAAAUCACUGCAGUCUCCGCAAAUCAAGGUGAUCGACUUCGGGUCGGCGUGUCAUGAACGACAAACGGUGUACACCUACAUUCAGUCACGUUUCUAUCGCUCUCCCGAAGUUAUCCUUGGAAUUCCGUAUACAACAUCAAUUGACAUGUGGUCGCUUGGGUGCAUUGCUGUUGAGCUGUUCCUAGGGUUACCGUUGUUCCCUGGAACCAGCGAGUAUAACCAAAUUACACGGAUCCAAACCAAACAGUUUUUUGACUCCUACAUAGAUGCAUAUGGGCAGAAGAAGUACCGGCUGAAGAGCCUCGAACAAUAUUCGCGUGAGCACAACACUGAACGAGCAGCCGGGAAAGCAGUACUUCAAAGCGUCAACACUUCCAGAGAUCAACUGAACAAUCGGGCGUCCUUUAUCGAUUUCUGCCAGGGUUUGCUAAACCUGAACCCAAUUGAACGGUGGUCUCCUCAACAGGCCAGGAUGCAUCCCUUCAUAACUGGUGAAAAGUUCACCAAGCCGUGGUCGCCGAGUGGACAUAUGUCCUCGUCUGCUUCAGGAACCGUCAGUGAUCCAAAGAGGCCUUACGGUGGUUUGGUGCCUUCACAGCCCAAGGGCACGAGGGCAUUCCAGGACGCGGCAUCGUACAAUCAGCAACUUGCGCAGCACCAGGCGUAUACAGCACAGGCUCAGGCGGCUAGUAACGUCUACCGCAAUCCAUACGUUGCUCCACAACAAGGUGUACAGCAGGCGAAUGCGGGAGGGGCAACGCAGGCCGCAUAUGCAACUGGACAGGACAGUACGAGUGGAACAACAUACGGGCCACAGCCUCCCCCCACUCAACAGCAACAACAGCAACCAGCGGCUCAUGGGCAUCAUCAGCACCAGUAUUCGGCCUCGCAGCCAUCUAAUACGCAGCUUGGAUUGACGUCUGCAUCUGGAUACACGCCGGGUGGCCUAGGUGUUCCCGGGAUGUUACAUCCGAACGCACCACCCUCUUCAUACUUCCCUGGCGCCCACGCUCGUGCACGCGCAAACACUAUCAAUCACGAUGCCAUCCCUCCCGCACUUGCCCGUCUCCAGCAUAUGAACCAGGAUGUUCUUGUGGGUGGACGGAAUGCACUCACACCCGUGCUCAACCGGGAUGAUGCAAUGCGCGAGUGGGAGCGCCGCCAGGCAGGGAAGCCACCUGCGCAAGCACCCUAUCCACAAUUGGAGUAUUUGCAGCAACAAGCAGAAUUGGCAGCUGCAGGGGGUGGUUGGCACGGUGGCGCUGGUGCACGGUACGGUGCGGCGCAGCCGUCCAAGUUGUCACAGUCGUACCAACCACAACCAACGAUUGUCGUGGACGACGAUGGUAGACGUGAUGCCAUUAUGUCGAACGUACGAUCAGCUGCGCGAGUCGAGACGACUGCAGGAACAGUGGCGGGUUCCGGGUCAUAUAAUCCGGCGGCCAUGGUUACUAGCCCGACACAAGCAUUCUCUGGCGCCACGACGGUCGGUGGGGGUCGGUAUCAGGCUCCGUCCUAUGAUGGGCUCGGUGGUCGAACUGACAUCGGGACUUUGUAUGUACCGAUGCAACCCGAGCAGUACCAGUCCCAUCAGCCACCCUCGUUCUACGGAACGGCGGUUGCAAGCGCUGUACAGAGCUCAGCCGCUGCACAGCAAGUGCAGCAGCGGAAUCCGUUCUCGAAUGCAAAUGAUGGAGGACCUCCGCAAGGACAGAUGAGUGGGAAGGACGCGAGAAGAUUGAGUGGGAUGGACAUCUGGUCACGAUGA